CUUAAAGUCAUUCACAAAAUAUACAUCAAGUUAAGAAGUUGUAGUGUUUGUUAAUAUCGUGGGUUUAAGAAGAAAAAUUUUGUAAUACUUUUUUACUUUUUUGUGAAAAAUAAUAAGUUUAUAAAGAAAAUAAAACAUUAAUUAUGGUUUCUGAAAAAGGGGAAAUAGUUUUGGUAACUGGCGGCAGUGGUUUUAUAGGUCAACACAUUAUAAAACAAUUGUUAAGAGAUCAAAAUGAAUUAAAUAUCAAGGAGAUUCGUACUGUAGAUUUGGUGCCGUACAAAAAUAAAAUUAGUAGUGAUCAAAAACAAAAUAUUCGAAUUUUUGUGGGAGAUAUUUGUCAGCCGGACGAAGUGGCAGAUGCUUUUAAAGGUGUCGAUACGGUGUUUCAUUGCGCUGCUUUGGUUUGUUUGCAAUAUCCUCCCAAUUAUAAAGAAUUGGAGCGUGUUAAUGUGGAUGGAACUCGUGCUGUAGUUGAACUUUGUGUGGAACACAAUAUCAAGCGUUUAAUCUAUACAAGUUGCGCUUCUGUGUGCAUGGUGCCAUUUAAGGGACAUAGCACAUUUACAUUAGUUAUAAACCAAACUGAAUCAAAAGCCCCUACACCUAAAUAUGAUGCCCAAAAUCCAUCCGAUUUUGACAAGAACUUCUUAAUACCUGGCUAUUCUGCAUCGAAAUUGCGAGCUGAAACUAUAGUACUAAAUUCAAAUGGAGCAAUGUUAAAAAAUCAAAAUGAGUAUUUGACCACAGCAGCCAUUAGGCCACCACUUACAUACGGCGAAGGUGAUGAACUCUUUGUACCAAAUGUCAUUAAAUACUUAAGUAAACAUAAAUAUAUGUAUCCCAGAAUAGCAGGAGCGGGAGGUAAACAACAAAUAUCGUACGCGGGAAACGUGGCUUGGGGUCAUAUUUGUGCGUAUAAAACUUUAAAGUCCAAUCCAAAAGCUAUUGCUGGCUUACCCAUUUUCGUUACCGACGAUACCCCGAUCAAUGACAUAUCAAGAUUUAUACAAAAAAUUGCUUUACUGGGUGGCAACUACAAAGUUCGGCACACAUCAUGGUAUUUGCCUCACUUUUUAUUCUUUUUCAUAGCUCUGUUGACGGAAUUAUUGAUCAAAGUUUUAGCACCAUUUAAAAAUAUGUCAAUGAAAUUUUCUCUUCGUGCUAUUAGUUCAUUCACAGCCUCUGUUAUGAUGUUUAAUCGUUUGAGGGCGGCCAUUCACAUGGACUACGUCCCAUUAAUAGAUGUGGAAACCUCAUUACAAAAAAGUGCUAACUGGUAUUCGAAAUGGUGGGAAGACAAUAUAUCAAAAGAGAGUAUUAAAUCUAAAGUCAAUUAAAAAACCGAAGGUGUUCGAUAAUGUGUGUUAAAAAUAAGUUAGAUUAAACAUUAAUAAUUACCAAAAAAUUUGUUGGUGUUUGUAUUUUUAUGUGCUUUUAUAUAAUUUUUAAAUUUAAAUAAACAAACCCUUAUAAAAUUGUAUAAGGUUUCAUAAAAACUUA